AUGGUACACGGCCAUGGAAAACUGGAUCUGUCCGAAAGCGCCAUGCCACUUCCCGCCAAUCUAUUUCAACCUAAAUCGUCGUUGUUCUGUCGUAAAUCUCAGCCUGUUGAGCAGCUGUUAUUGCGACGCAACCGUCUUACUUGUUUAAAAAAGUAUGCAAAAGCCCUCCAUUCGUUUCGCCAUCAUUUAUUGGAACUUUCGCUGCGCGACAAUUUGUUGCUCAAGUUUCCCAUCGAGAUCAUGUCGUUGAAACAACUUACGACAUUGUCGCUUUCCAAUAAUGCAUUGACAGUCAUUGAAACCCAGUUAUUACCCCACUUGCCCCACAUGCAAUGGUUAUCACUCGGUGGAAAUCAACUCAAAGAUCUGCCCUCCGAUAUCGUAUGCUGCCGACACCUCAAAGGCCUGGAUCUGCAAAAUAAUCAAUUCGAAGUUUUCCCUUCCGUCAUUUUUGAACUGCAAAAUCUCGAAGUGUUGUUGCUGCAAAAGAAUCACAUCCGAGAAUUAUCAGGCAACGAUCGGUUACCGCGAUCGCUUCACACGUUGAAUCUGGCAUUCAACAAACUGACGCAACUGCCAUUGGCGCUUACGGAGCAUCCCCCGGCGGCUCUGACGCAUCUUCAUCUUUCGGGAAACGAACUGCGACGUCUUUCCGAGACGUUCCUGCUCAAAGGAUAUCAGCAUCUCGUGAGCCUCGAUUUACAUACCUGCGGACUCGAGUAUUUGUCGCCUGAGUUUUUCAAACGGCUCGCUACCAAUUGCAAAGGUCUGCGCCGACUCAACCUGGCUAUCAAUUGUCUAGCCAACCUUCCUGCGGAAAUUGGCGACUUGACCGAGCUUCAAUGGCUGAACCUCAAUGACAAUCGAUUGUCCGAGCUGCCCACGACCCUGGCCAGGUUGGUCAAUCUCGUCAAGCUGGGUCUCGUCCAGAAUCACUUGCGAGAAUUGCCAUCGCACUUGUUCUGCCGGAUGAAAAAACUGCAAAAGAUCGAUAUCCGACGAAAUAAACUCAUGUACCUGCCACCGUCCAUCUUGGCAUUGGCCCCACGAGACGAAAAGGACGGCCACAUUGAUCUUGCCGUGCCACACCUCGUUUUCCCUCUGGUAUCAUCUUACCCAAGCGAUCCAAAGAGCGACACCAAGACAUCCGGUGGAUCCCUGCGCACGCUCCUGCUCUACGAAAACUCUUUUAUGCAUCACAUUGACGGUUUGAUUGAAAUGCAGCCGGUGACUCCUGAGGAUACAGACGAUGAAGCGGAUGUGAUGGAGGGCAAAAUUUUCGAGUAUCAGUUACUGUCACUGCAGCAGGCAUUUGAAUAUCUGGACAACAUACCCCAUGUCACGGACGAGCGUACCAUGAAACAGGUGCUCGUGAUGGCCAUGUUAUCAAAAGCCCAAGAUAGAGAAACCGUGGUCAAUGUCCUUGGCCAUGUGCCUAGCUUACGUGAAGUCGUUUUUUCCCAAUACGCCAACCGAUCUCACACCAUGCCCUACUGUCACCGACCGUUUUGCAUAGAGUCGCGGCCACUGUUUGUCGAAUCCCAGUUACCCAGCACGGUGCCCUUAAUGCUACGCAAGAGCUUGAUUCAUGAAGCCAAGCCGUGUGAUCACUGCGGGCGAUGGUACGAGCGAUCGCGGUUGCAAAUUGGUUACUUGGCUAGACUAUGCAACAAUCGCCUGCAAGUAUCUGUUCGAUACAGCCUGUGCUCUUCCAACUGUGCGCUGUUGGCCAUCAUUGCGCUGUACAAGGCCAAGAAACAAUGGCAACAAGAACACACUCUGGUAUCUUCGCAAACAACUCAACCAUUGCUCAACAGUAUCCCUUUUACCCAGCAUGGACAGCCUCAACCCCAACCGCAGCCCCAGCUUCAGCCGAGACAAGAGACAGACCGAGAUGCGGUCAACCUGGCCCAGGAGUCUCGAGCAUUACCUAAUUCAUGGCUCUUCACGUUACCUCCUGAUUACAUUCUCCUCCCGCAGCAAUCCAGUCUUCACACCAAUCCCACUCCACUCGGAUCUGAAACCAUGCAUCCUCUUCAAGUUUCAUGGCAAGCUGUGAGUGGCUUGAUCCGGCAUCGCAUGAACCAAUUUACAAGUUCCGUUUUCGUCAACCAAAGUGGAAGCGGAAGCGGCAGCGAUGGGAACCACAGUCCUCAAAGCAUGGAUAGACACCGGUCACAGACGGUUCGAGCGCCGAGCUUUCAUCGGCCCAUCCUCGCCGAUGUCGCUAGCAGGCUUCUCCAGGAACCACCGGCGCAACCACCGCCGUUCUUCCUCACGGCACCUACCCCAUCCAUUGUCGCAUUCAAUCAUUUACCUCGAGAUGCCGUUCGUCUGGAACGAUUUUAA